AUGUCCCUAUAUAUCCUCAUCUUUUUAAGUCCUUUUUCUUUGAAGCUACUUUGAAUUCCUUCUCUUAGCUAGUCAUUAAGUAGAGGGAACGGACACAUGAUCAUCUCUAGCUAGAACAAACAAAAGGAAGGAAAAUAAGGAAAAGAAAAAUCUUAUGCCCUAGCUAGAUAUAUGUCUUCUAUGCGGAGUCGCGAUCAUCAAAUUAGUAUAGCUAUUUCAAGGUAAGUACUUGACAUUACACACCCAGAUGUUACCUUAUCUUAACCCUCAGUAUCUAUCAGGCAAGUCCUUUUAUAGACAGCAGGAAGCAAGCCUUCCUCUCUCUAACUCCGCCGCCGCGCUCUCUCCUCCGACGUACGAUAUCGACCUUUUCGCCGCCCACUUCCUCCCUUCCGAUUGGCCGGGGCCACUGGACACGCCGGAUUUGGCUCCGCAAGGCAGCAAGGAGGCGAAUGCAGCUGCCGCGCCACCGGCGAGAGAGGGCGGCCAGAAAAAGCGCCGUUUGAGGACCGACCGGCACAGCAAGAUAACGACUGCGCAGGGAGUCAGGGACCGGAGGAUGCGGCUCUCGCUCGACGUGGCGGGCAAAUUCUUCGCUCUUCAGGACAUGCUAGGGUUCGACAAGGCCAGCCAGACGGUCGACUGGCUGCUUACGCAGUCGAAGCCCGCGAUCAAGCGGCUGAUCAAUGAGUCAUCCAACAAGAACAAUAAUAAAACCCCAGAAAAAUGUGAGUCGUGCACAUCAGAAUGGGGAGAUCUGAUCUCCGCAACUUCAUUAACAGCUUCAAGAAAGGGGAAAGUUGACAAGGCAGUGAGCAAAGCUGCAGUCGACCCGAAUCCCAGUAAAGGGUUGAGGGAGAAGGCGAGAGCGAGGGCGAGGGAAAGGACACAAGAGAAAAGAAGGAUGAUGGGUAAUGGGAUGGGAAAUGGUUGUAAAAUAUAUCAAAUGGCUCCUGCUGAAGCUGAGAAUAUUGUAAAGGAGGGAGAUUGCUUCAAUGGGGAUAAGAAUGAGCGUAGCACAGUGGCUGUGGUGCCCUCAUGGGACAUAUGCAAGAAUGGCAAGGUUGAUUACCUCAUAAAUGAGUUGAUGAACAAAGGUUUCACAGGUAAUAUUGAAGAAGAAGAAGAAGAAGAAGAAGAAGAAGGCAAUUCCUUUGGAAAUAUGCAGUUCCAGGACAGCUCCUGGGAUGACUACAGCAUGCUGAGUUUCUAAUUUUUAAGAGCUCAAUCAAUUGAUCUCCAUCUUAAUUAGUCUAUUUUAUCUGUGUUUCACUAUGUCUCAUUAGUUUCCAGUUAAAGCAUGCACUUUGAAGAUCUUGGAACCCUUCAGCUGUUCAGCUUCUAGUAUAUAUUAAGAGAUUAGAAUUCGUGUUGCGUAAAAACAUUCCAGAAAUUAACGUUAU